CGCGCACCGCCCACCGGGGCGGGCUACGGGAGCCGGCGCGGCCCAGCAGCAGGCGGCGGCGGGCGUUUCCCGGCGUGCCCCGCGGCAGAUUGUACACAAUCAUCAUGGCCGCCGCCGCCGCCUCCGCUGCUGCCGAUGGUGCCGAGGAGCCGGGCAUGGAGGCGGAGGCGCAGGAGCUGCCGCUGGGCUGCGGCGGAGAGGCCGGCUCGCCGGCGGCGGGGAGGUCUCCGGAGGGCGAGGAGCGCCGGGAUCCCCCGCAGGCGUCGGUCAGCAACGGCGGCGACGCGGAGAGCGGGAAGGAGCUGGUGGAGCUGAAGGUUAUCUGGAACAAGAACAAGUACGACGUGAAGUUUUGCCUGGACAGCACGGGGGCCGAGCUGAAGCAGAAGAUCCACUCGCUCACAGGCCUUCCACCUGCUAUGCAGAAAGUUAUGUUCAAGGGACUACUACCGGAGGAGAAAACGUUGCGGGAAAUCAAAGUAACAAACGGAGCGAAAAUAAUGGUUGUUGGCUCUACUAUCAAUGAUGUUUUAGCAGUAAAUACACCCAAAGAAGCUGCUCAGCAGGAGGUCAAAGCUGAAGAAAAUAAAAAGGAGCCGCUUUGCAGACAAAAGCAACACAGAAAAGUAUUGGAUAAAGGAAAACCUGAUGAUGUGAUGCCUUCUGUUAAAGGUGUUCAGGAGCGCCUGCCAACAGUGCCAUUAUCUGGCAUGUACAACAAGUCAGGGGGGAAAGUAAGAUUGACCUUUAAACUUGAGCAAGACCAGCUAUGGAUUGGUACAAAAGAGAGAACAGAAAAGUUACCCAUGGGGUCCAUUAAAAAUGUGGUGAGUGAACCUAUUGAAGGACAUGAGGAUUAUCACAUGAUGGCAUUUCAGCUGGGCCCAACAGAAGCAUCUUACUACUGGGUCUAUUGGGUACCAACUCAAUAUGUUGAUGCAAUCAAAGACACGGUGCUGGGAAAGUGGCAGUAUUUUUGAAAGCACGCUCACCUCUGGCACAGGAAAAUGACACAAAACUAAGGACACUGCUGGGAGAGGCCUCCAACAUCCCUGGAUGUGAUAGUCCUGGAACUUAUUAAUAAAAUAUGAUAAACGAGGCAUUGAUGGAAGCCAGAGGUGAUGUUCUUUCACCAUUAGUUUACUUUUAACUUAAAAAUUUCACCAUCCCUUUUCUGCAGUCAGCUUCAACCAUAUUUAAAGCAAAUACAAUGGAAAUCAAUAAAUCUUAAUUUGCAAAAUAUUGUGUGUAAUACACUUAAAUCUGCUGAGAGUUGAUCUUCCAAUUUAGUUUAAAAAAUAUUACAAUGUAUUAUUGAGGCUUUUUUACAUGGUUUGAACAAAAACAAAUAUUUUCAUAAUCUUUCAGUUACAAGCGUUAGACUUAAUUUAGUUACUUGGUUGUGACUGAGAAUUUCAGAAACAGUUUUUAAAAAUAAACUUUAAACAGUAUGCAAAAUCGAUGUUUAGUAAGCCAUAUUCUGCUGGCCUUUUUAUUUCAGGUUUGACUCUGAUAGCAAAACUUUUUUUUUUUUUUUUUACCCAAAGAUACCCUGCUUUUUUUUUUUUUUUUUCCUCUCACCUUUUUUUUCAGUACUAGAAGCUCUGGGUUGGUACUCUGUGUAGCAUGUUUGGAGCAAAUGAAUACCACUGUGGAUGUUUUGUAAUAGCGACUGACCCAGGGCUGCAUACUGUCCCGUUUCAUGCCAUGUUAGUUGUUCCCCUCCCACCUGCAUACCUCUCUGCUCCUGUUCUGCCUCCUGCCCUGGGGGUGCUACAUUUUAGGAGCAUUUUCUUGAUCAUGCAUGUUGCAGUCCAGAAUCAUUUUGCAGCUGUUGCGAUGACACUUACCUGUUUGACUGAAAAAAGCUCUAGAAUGCGCUGCAUAAUGCUGUCAGGCAUGAGCGGGGUGAAGCAGUGACACAGAUCUCGCAAAGGGAGUGAACCAAAGAGACCUUCCUGCCUUGUUUGGGGGUUGGGAGAGCGGAGAAGAGAGAAGCUUGGAUGCUGUUUUGGAUCCUAAAUAACUGCAGUAGUCUUUUGUGACCUGGAUUUGAAAAUUUAUAGUGAUCUUAUUCAGUGAAUCUUACCAAAUUUAGAAUAUCUAUCCAGCAACUGAUCUUUUGAAAUUUAAAUCGCCUUUCAGCUUUUCUCUUGCUCAAGUUUACAGGCAGUUCUUGCAUCUCGUCCUGUCUGAAAUAAUGCUCCUCGCCUUUGGUUUGUGACGUUCUGUGUGUCAUCUCAGCAAUUCAUGUGCCAUUUAUCUCAGGUUUUCUGAAUGGACCUUUCAGUCCUGAAAAGGUGCACACCCUUAACAGAUUGUAUUGUGCAGUCAGACUGAAUCAGUCUUGCUCUGUGUUAAACCUGCAUCUAACAGAUCGCUGUUCUUUUUUUAACACUGUAGGCUUGAUAUUGCUCAGUGCAAGUAGCUCAACAUUUUGUGAAACUCCUGGAGAAGCAGUCUUUUAGGAAUAGCUGAUCUUAAUAUAGUCCAUGUCCAUUUUUCACUCUCCUUGAAACAGCCCAAUUGAAACUCAGCAGGUGCAAAUUCCUAAAUGAGUAUUUAUUUUAUUUUAUUUUAUUUGAGAGACUGGGAAAAGCGUUCACUUUAUGGUAUGUGUUAAGAUUACGUAUUUACCUGUAGACUCUUGAUAGCAACAUAAGCAGCUUUUGGUUUGUAUUUUCAGUUAGAACAUUCAUGCAAUAUGGAUUUUAAAGGUGUUUCAUACCUUACAUAUAAACUAGUGAUGUGCUUGUUACUCUUGUAGCUUGAGAUAUUUCCUUUCUGUAUACAAGCCACCAGCAGUGUGUCUUGACAUAAAUGCAUUGAGACAGGAGCUCUUCCUGUGGCAGUGCUGUUGUCAGCUCCCUGGAACAGCCCCCUUCUGACACUCGGAGCAAGCAAGUGCAGGUAGUGGAGUUGGCAUGAGUUAUUUGGAGAUAACAUUACAAAUUAAAUGCAGCUAUCACACUUCUUAUUUUCUAAUUGUCAGUCCUGGUGUUAAGGCUUAAAUUUAAAAUUCAGUACCUGGUGGAAAGUGUACACACUACAGUAUAAAGAAAAUUGGUGACAUUAGCUUUUUCUGUCACUUGGGGUCACCUUUGCACUCGUUAUCUUGUUGGUUCUGUGAUUAUCAGCUCCCACUUGCUACUUGACUUGCUUGGACCUGUCUGUGCAUUCGUUUGUAUUCCAUUUUCCUUUCCUACUCUUCUGUUUGCUUGCUCCUUGAGAGGGCAUGUAUCUUAGUUCCAGCUCCUCCCCAGAGUUCCUGCGGCUUCUGUGCUCUAUGCAGUGACCCGGGUGAGUACGUUCUGCUGCUAGCGCUGAGGGAGGGCAGAUACCUGAUCUGCCGCUGCCGAGGCAAGAAGGGCACCUUGGGCAUGGGGUACAGGGCCAUAUUUAAGAUUCCUGUCUGCUCCUUUCCCAAGGGCACGAUUACUCUGCAUCCUGUGCCAGGUACAAUCAAUCAUCUCAAAAGAAACUGAAUAUAAAAACUCUUGGUUACAAAGCAGUUUUAAAGGUGGAGAAGAAAAUACUAUAAACUAAGAAAAUGUGAUUCUAUUUAGGUGCUUCUUUUCAAGUUGGAUUUGAUUUGAAAAAGGAAAUUGUUUUACUUUUUUGUUCUGUGUGCAAAGUUUGAAUUAAAAUACAGGGAAGUGGUACUUAUGUAAAAUGCUUUAAUUGGUGUUUGUUGGCUUAGUAUAGUAGGUUUCUUGGGGGUCUGUUGCUAAGUUCAGGUGGAAUAUUAAUUUCAACACUGCUGUUAAGGUCCUUCCUCUUUCAGAAUGAUGUGGAGCUUUUUCUUCUGGUAUAUACUGAUUUUUCCAAGGCAAUUACUGACAUUAACUAAUUAUCAUUAACAUCUAAGAGAACACCAUCUCUUUAGUUUGAUAGUGUCACAGCUUGCCUAACUGGGGAGCCAUUUGCUAGCCUCUCUCUUGACUUUGGAUUUUACUCUGUGAUAUCUGUCAUCGUCUCCCAGGCAGAUUCAGUGUAACAAAUGGUCCUGUGGAGGAAUUUGGCAAUUAGUCCUCAGUAAGACACAAGCGUUGUGAGUAAAGUGCAAAUAUAAUCAGUAUUUUGAGUUCGCUCAUAAAGAUUGUUUUGAGAUCCAACCUGUAAUCUUCUGUAGGAAGUUUAUGGUAACAUCUGGUGAUUCUUGCGCAAAAGUUUAUUUCAGUUAAAUUGCAAUUUAACAACGUCCGUUCAAUGGAGAUUGGUUCCCUUUUCUCUAUAUGUGUAAUUCCCUAUGAGCUUUUUGGGGUGCGAUUCCUUAUGAAGUUGUAUUGAGUGCUUUGCUGGGUUUACUAAUUGGGGAUUAAAGCAUCCGUAAUGCAAACGUGGGUUUCCACAGAACAAAGCCGGUGUUUCCUAUGCCACACCGGCAGCUGCUCCCAGCUCCCAGGCAGCGUGCGUCUCCUUGCUGCCAUCCUGAUAGGGAGUAGUCCUGCUGCAGCCCCUGAGCUCUCUGUACGCUGUUCGAUGGCACUGCGUCUUGCAGCUCACCUGCAUGCCAUCCCUUUCCCUUCUCCAUGCCUAGUGCUGUAGGUUUCUUCUCUCCUUGUCCUGAGUUUAGUAUUCCUUCCUUCUGUGUGCAUCCCAAGCGUACAGUUCCUGGAUUAGUGUUGCAUUAGGAAUCCAAAAGUACAUCACUAAACUUUGUUUGGGUUUGAACGUAGACAGUAUCUUGCAUGAAAAUCUUGUAUUACUUGCAAGUUUUUCAUAUCAAAUUUAAGAUUGAAGUAAAUCAUCAAUUUCCAUUAAUGACACCAUUUGAUGAGAAAUGUGUAACUAAAAUAAGGAUGUUAUGAUGAUGGAAGAGAAAAAGUGAUCUGAAUUCAAAGAACUAGGUAAGAAGCUGUUAACACGCAAUACGUUAUAACUGGUAACACGCACACAACCUGCUAGAUUUUAUACUUGAUGCAGUUAGUAUCUGUUGCUUCUUCAUACUUUAAGGGCCAAAGAGAAACAAUUCACUUGCAGUGACACUGUUGAGGUGCCAUACUGUGGUGGUCUGUUCCGUGCUCUCCCCUUCCUGGUCGCGGUGUUCCUGUACAACCGCUGGUGACGCAGCUGUGCGGGCACAGGCGCAGCACACGCUCCCUGCUCCGGUUGCUCCCUGUGCCAACCCAGUGGAGCAAGGUUUGUUUCCAAACUUUCCUUCUUCUGUUUACUUUUUUCUUCCUCUGUAACUUGGUUUUUCCAAUGGAACUGUUUUAAGUUUUGUACUCCAGCCUUUUGCCACCUGUUAGGAUUAGGUCAUUAGCAUCUUGUUUUGUUAAUUAACGUCCUUGUCAUUGGGGGGGGGGGGGGGGGGGGAGGAGGGGGACCAGGAGAGCUGUAGCAAGUCUUGUAUGAAACAUAUGGCCGUCUUACCUUAUAGCCAAGGAUUCGCUUUCUGCGGCUCAUGGAAGUUCACUAUGUCUUAUCCAUAUUCUAAGCAAUUCAUUCUUUGGUUUUAUAUUUAAAAAAAGUCUUAGAUAUUUGUGUCCACUGCAGAUUUAUUUUAAAUGGAAUAUGUAAGUACCAUGUAUUAUGGUAUUUUUAAAUAAUCUAUUGCCUCUUUCAGGGGAGGGGGAGAUGACAAAUAUUUAGUCUUAGAUUUGCACUGCUGGAUUUUUUAAGUGUAACCUUGACUGGUUAUCCUAUUGUUUUAUUCUGUAAGAUUAGUCUUAUGAAUUAAAGUUUGAUAAUUAAGUA